AUGGCAACAAACCACGAUCCUACAUGCCGCCGACCUGAACCAGCGCGUCUACUUCUUCUCGACCAAGUCCGCCACCAAGAACCAGGCACCAAGAUUCGAGUAUUGGGCUGUGUUCACGCAUACCACAUUGCAAGCGCAACGCUAGUCCUCAAACUCGAAUACCCGAGCAAAUCCAGCAACAGCAGAAAUCCAAAAACACUGCCAGUACCAACCGUACUAGCCAACAUCGACAAUGUCUUGGAGGCUGUCAAUCACGACUUACUUCAAGUUGGAUCUUGGUUGAAUGUUGUGGGUUAUGUGCGAAAGCCUCAGAAUCUUUCUGGGAGAAGAAGAAGACGUGAUGUCAUUCCUUUGAUGGAUGUUCUUUUGAUCUGGUCUGCGGGAGCGAUUAAGUUGGAUGAUUAUCAGUCUGCGGUAAGGAGUUAUCAGGAGACUUUACUUCCAGGGACGACCACGACCAGUGAAGAGAAAGGCACUGAGACUGCGUAAAUUCCAGAGGCAGUGAUGUGCUACAUGUAUUGCUAGCACUACUAGCCCGCCCGCCAGCCAGCCAGAAAAUGGCGAUCUUUGGAGAAGGGGCCCCAUAUUCUUUGCUGCUUACGCCGGACCAGAUUCACGAGUACUAGCCGAGCCGUGUUCGCUUCUACGGCACAGACUGAUUCGCGUCGUGUCAUGCAAACAGAACUCUAGGUCCUGUCGAGUAUCUCCAGCGUCAUCAACGGGAGCUGGACGAUGGCGAGAUUCAUACGCGACCACUGGAAGGUCGCAAUGAGGCGAGGAGAUCCGGACGUUCUGUUGCAAUACUUCAGUAUGGUGAAGGUACUUCCCAUGGCAGCUUUAUGAAAGGCAUUGAAGAGUGGUUGCCAGAAUGGUAGCCUGCAAGUCCCGGUGUCCUCCUUCAUGGGCAUCAAUUGUCAUCAUGAUAUCGAUGAGACUUGCUCACUGGGUGACACUUCCACCUACUCCCGAAGAAUUGUCCCAUGGAAGGCUGCAGCUCAUCAUUCCGAUGUUCGUGGACAAGACAACUGAUCAUCUGAAGCCCAUUGUUGGCUGACAGCUGCUAUACACUUCCUACAUCUGAGCACAACUCGAAUUCGAUAUUCCCUGCGAUACGAUGCUGGUGACCAACAAUGAUCCGCCGCAUCCCUCUACCAUCAAAGGACUGGAAGUCUUUGUUUUGAC